AUGGAGAUUCCACCAUUCAUAAGAAUCACUCCAAAUAUAUUAACCAAAUUUAGGUAUAACAAUGGUGUAUUCUAUAAUGUUUGGAAUAAUAAUGAUAAAUUGGAUCCAAUAUUAAUUAAUAACACCAAAACUAAUUUAAAUGAAAACACAAAACUAACUAAUUAUAAUUUAAACGAACUAGUCGAUAGCAUUUCCCAUUAUUUAAAUAAAUCAAACGUUAGUUUGCAUGGAUUAUUAGAUUAUAACUUAAAUAGAUUAGAGAAACUGAAUUAUGAAUCCAAUAAAAUUGUAAAUAAAUUGGCCAAAAUUCUAAAUUAUAGGAUUCUUAGUAUUUCUGACAAGUUAAAUACAAAUCAAUUGUCCAAAUUAAUCUUCUCCCUUACACAAUCUACUGAACAGUUCUCUGAUUUAACCUUAAAACUUUUCGAAUUAUUCCUUGAAAAGUCUAAUUUUAAUGUAGUUUCAACUCAUAAUAAUGAUGUGUACGAUUACUUUUUAGUUUUAUCCUCAUUUCUGAUAUUUAAAAGUAAAUUCAGUAAUGAAACAAUUGAAAAUAAAUUAAUUGAUAAAAUAAAUUUAAUAAAUUUUAAUUAUUUGAAUUUGAGUAAUGACGUUUUGUUGCAAUUUUUACAGACUCUUGCUUUUUUAAAUGGUGAAAAAAUACAUCAAAAUGUCCUUGAACAAAUUUUUUAUAAAUUAGAUGUUGAAAAGAUGGCAUUCAAUGAAAUGUGUACAUUAGUACAUACAUACUCAUUAUUGCAGACUAAUAUAACUUUUGAUGCUCAGAACAUUAUGGAGAAUGUAUUGGAAAGAAUAAAUAAGAAUGUAAUGGAAGUGUAUAAAAAUGAUGUGGAAUUGAGUAUAGAAUGUUUGCCUAAAUUAUUUCAUUAUUUCUACAUUACAAAUGACUUGGAUAAUCAUUUGAUGAGUUUAUUGGUUGAAAUUAUAGUGAAGAGGGACAUUACAUUUCAAUUUUCAAACUACUUUUAUCGUGUCACGUUUCCAAUAUCACUUUCGAACCUGAUUACAUAUGAUGAAGUUGGAAAGUGGAUGUUGGACCAAUUAAUAAAUAACUAUGAUAAUUACGUAAACCAAUUGUCUAACUUUUUAUUUAUUCUAAUGAGAGUUGCAAGCAGUGCUAGAAUUGAGCCUAAUAAAGCCUUAAAUGGAGAGAAAGGUACAAUGGUGGAGAGUUUAUACGAAGAGGCAUUGAUGUAUUUGAAUGAAAAGGUUUAUUUACCAACGAACCGUUCAAAGCUUUUGUAUCUCUUCGAUAAGAUUAUGGAAUUCAUUCAAUCGGCAGAUUCUGAUCAAUUUAUCCAAAUAUUGCACGUGUUAUCGCAUAAACUGGUUAAGAUAAAUACUGGGAUGAAGUUGAAGCUGAUGAAUGAAUGUAAAGAAAGAGUAAACUCAACGUCAGUUGGAGGAAUAUCACACGUUUUGGAAUUUAUAACUUGGGUGUACAGUAAUAAGAAUCCAGACUGUAUUACAAUACUGGAAGCAUAUCAACAGAGGAUACUGUCAGAUAUCAGCACAUAUAACACAGGAGAUCGCAAUUUUAUAACAACGAGUGAAUUGUACAAUGACUCGUAUUUGAGCAGUGUGAAGAUACUGAGUAAUAUACUGUACAUAUUUGAUUGGGCCAGUUUAUAUUCCUCUGACCUCUCGAAUGAAGUGUCAUCACUAAUCAACAAUAAUACGCAUAUGUUGGUUGAGGGAGAUGUAAGUGAUAUUUGUCACAUAAUACAUUACAUAUCAAGAAGUAAUGAACAACAAAAUGAAAUCUUUUACAUUGUACUGUUUGAUAAAAUGAAGAAUGAUAGUGAAGUUGAGCCGACAGACUUGGUAUUGCUGUUGGAAUCAUUCAUAGCAAACUCAUUACACUUGAGAUAUAAAGAAUUAUUAGACGAGGUUGAGAAAAGAGUGAAAGAAAUAAGAGGAGAACAAAGGGUAGUUAAACUUUUGGUUGAUUGCCUAAAUAAAAUUAAUAUGGAUUUAGUAUAUUCGUUGGAUGUCACGGGAGAGUCGUUCUCUGAGCCUUUGGACUUGGAUUCCGAGACUCAGGAUGAUGAGCCCUCAAUUAACGUAAAGGAGUUUUCAGACUCUAAAUUAAAUGUAGUGGACGAGGAAACGAAGGUAAUUCGGAUAGAUUUGGCCACUCAUAUCAGAGAUUUAUCCUCAGUCAACCAGUCUAGCUGCCCGGAGCUUUAUGAACUGUAUCGCAAAAUUACCAUGGAUAUAAGGAAGUUUAUUUAUAAUUCAAUUAUUAGUGAGGAUUUCUGUGUUAACUUCUCCAUAUCUCAUGGAGACUCAGAUAAUAAAGUCGAAGGAACUGGAAAGGGUGUACUUAAGUCAGAUAACAGUAAUUUGGUAGUGAAUAUGGAAGAUGUUACGCCUGAACAACCUAAUUCAGACCUGAAAUCAGCAAUGUCAAUUGAUGGACUAAACGAAGUUAUGUCUAUAGAAAUGAUGAAAUCGUUCUCUUCAUCAAACUCAAUUCAGUCAAUAACAUCGUCCUCCUCGCUUUCAUCCAUUAAAAACGAUCAUCUCGAUGAUAUCGAUGAGAUAUCACCCAGCACUAACCUCGAUUGUAUUGUAUUGGAGUUGUCACCAAAUAAGCUUAAUAGAACAGUGACUGAAAUGGCUCACGUCCAGAUGAGGAGAUUUUUCUCAUCGUAUCCAAAAUCAUUCAAAAUCGCAACAGGAAACGUUGGGGCUGACGUUUACGCAAUGGGCAAGCGUUACUAUAUCACAUCUGAUUCGCAAGCUUCUGAUUUUAAUAUUGACAGUUCUCAACCCAGUCAUAGUCUAUUUCUCGCUCAUUUGUACCGAAGGCAACGGAGUAUAUGUUACUACUGCGGUUUUACUAGAUGCGCCAGGAGCGCCUCCAGUAAGAACAUGUGUGAGUAUCAAAAGUGUAUAAAAUGUGUUGCAUAUCACAAAUGGAGCCGAAACUCUUGUAAGGCUAAUGGGAAACUCCUUGAACACUACUUAUCUCAGAAUGAUUGGCAGAUUCGCCGGAGUAACUACUGGGCAUCUGUGCCCAAACACAUUAGGCAGAUGCUGCGUUGUUUCUACUGUAAUAAUGAGGGUGAUGCUAAUUUCAAGUGUCAAGGUCUUUCAUGUCCUGAGGGCAAUGCUACACUGAGGAUCAGGUGUUUGGAGUUAAUGGGUGCUAACGAGUUAAAUUCCGAGAGAAGGAGGAUUCCACACAACUUUCCUCACCUAAAGCGGAUCAACUUUGUUUUUGACAAGGAUUUUAAACUUAAAUAA